AUGCAGUAUCGUGUAGUUUCAGUAUCAAAGUUUGUAUGGAACUCAAAAGUAACUACUACUCCAGAGAACAGUGCCAUAUUGGCAGAUGAGAUGGCUGGUAAGACAAUACAGGCUAUAACAUAUUUAACCUUGCUGAAACACUUGGAAGGUGAUCCAGGACCCCAUUUAAUUGUAUGCCCUGCUUCUGUUUUGGAAAACUGGGAAAGAGAGCUGAAGAAGUGGUGUCCCUCAUUUUCUGUACUCCAGUAUCAUGGGGCUGGGCGGGCAGCGUAUUCAAAAGAAUUGAGCUCUCUGGGCAAGACUGGAUUUCCACCUCCAUUUAAUGUUAUUCUCGCGUGUUAUUCACUUUUUGAGCGAUGCAGUGUUCAACAGAAAGAUGACUGGAAAGUUUUGAAACGCUGGAAUUGGAGUUGUGUGCUGAUGGAUGAGGCUCAUGCGUUGAAAGAUAAAAGCAGCUAUAGGUGGAAAAACCUAAUGUCCGUUGCCCGGAAAGCCAACCAGCGCCUGAUGCUUACAGCCCCACUACAAAAUGAUUUACAUGUAUUAUGGUCAUUGUUGGAGUUUAUGAUGCCUGAUCUAUUUGACACUGGAGAUGUAGACUUGAAAAAGCUUUUGAAUUCGGGAGAUACGGAUUUGAUUUUUAUGAAGUCCAUAAUGGGCCCUUUUAUUUUGAGACGUUUAAAAGCUGAUGUAAUGGAGCAACUAGUCCCAAAGAUUCAAGAGGUUAAGUACGUGGAAAUGGUUAAGCAACAGGAUGAUGCUUAUAAGGAAGCCAUUGAGGAGUGUCGUGCUCGUACGUAGACUAAUAAUGGUACUAGCACUCUCCCUCAGCGUCAGAUUUCCAACUAUUUUGUCCAGUUUCAUAAGAUUGCAAACCAUCCUUUACUGGUGAGGCGUAUGUAUACUGAUGAAGAUGUUGUCCGGUUUGCUAAAAAGUUGCAUCCUAUGGGUGUGUUUGGCUUUGAAUGUACCUUGGACAGAGUAAUUGAGGAGCUCAAGUGCUACAAUGACUACUCUAUUCACCGGCUUUUACUUCAUCAUGGUGUGUCUGAUAAGAAGGGAGUUCUUUCAGAUGAGCAUGUUAUGAUUUCAGUAAAAUGUCAGGAACUAGCCAAUCUUCUACCAUCACUAAAAGAAAGUGGGCAUUGGGUUCUUAUUUUCAGUCAAUGGACAUCCAUGCUUGAUAUCUUGGAGAGGACUUUGGAUGUAGUCCGGGUUACUUAUAGGCGCCUUGAUGGAAGUACUCAGGUUACGGAGAGACAAACAAUAGUAGAUACAUUCAAUAAUGACACAUCAAUAUUCACAUGCUUGUUGUCUACAAGAGCUGGAGGGCAGGGCUUGAACUUGAUUGGAGCUGACACCGUUGACAUCCACGACAUGGAUUUCAAUCCACAGAUUGACCAACAAGCUGAGGAUCGAUGUCAUCGUAUUGGUCAGACAAAAGAGGUUACGAUGUAUAGGUUGGUGACCAAGGAUGAUGAGAAUGUAUAUGAGAUUGCAAAACAGAAAUUAGUAUUGGAUGCUGCUGUGCUCAAAUCCGGCGAGGAAGUGAAAACUGAAGGUGGAGAUAUGCCCGAUAAUAAGACCAUGGGAGAGAUAUUGUCGUCACUGUUGCUAGGAUCAUAAGAGGGGCUGGAGAAAGGUAUGUCGGAGUACAACUUUUACAUGACUGUUAUUGUUUCUAUUAGUGAGGGCUAUUGUCCUUCCCAGGGAAAAAAGAAGUAAGAAUAGGUAGUCUUCUUGUUGUAAUAGUUCGGUUUCUAUGAGGGAACACUAUUUACAGUUGAUAGUGCUUUGUGGCUCUUGCAAUGCCAAUCAAAUGACUCUAAUGUAGGUUUUGAUAUUUUAUAUUGAAAAAAACAAAUGACCAUCAUAUAGACCUUGUUAUAGUCCUCGUGAACAUGGUUAUGGGAUAGUUCCAACGAAUAUAAGAAAUACUAUAUCCUUGACUCCAAAACACAAAAUCACAAAACAUGUUUGGUAGUAUCCUUGACUAGGAAACGUUUUUUAAGUUGUUUUUUGGAAUUUUUUUUAUAGACCUUGAAGGUGAGAAUUUUAUUUGUCAUUGUUAGGAAACAAGUUUGGAAAAAUAUGUAAAUUUGUCUACCGUCGUGUUUGGAAGUUGUGAAAGACAAGAAAAUAGAAGAGAAAGUGAGGGAGAUAAAUUAUGAGAAAAAUGUUGACAAGGACCAAAUUAGUGUAAAACUUUUUUUUAGGAAUAAUAAAAAAGGUUACAACAAAAACAAAACAAAAUACAGUAAAAAACCAAAAAUAACAAAAGUACAAAGAAAGAGGAAAAUGGCUUGGGUGCAAACCCAUCGAUCUGCUCAUGGAGUUGGGUGGAGAGUGAAUGGAUAUUUGGAGUUACAAGCUUGUUCCUGUCAUUGGAUCACUAGAUCUGCUAUAGAUGCCUUCACCGCUACCAGUGGAAAGCUUAGAAUUCCGUCGCCAAACCGAUUGAAUUCAAGAGUUAAAACCUACCAGAUCUAGGCCUCUGUAGUCCACAAAUGAUGGGGAGAGUGAAGAUCUUAUAACUAGGGGAAGAAAAUUUCAACCAUCUCACAACCAUAGAGGUGGUAGGAGAUGAGGAGUAGAGAAGAAAAUGAGGAGGAAAGAGGUGGAAGGGCCGCCAUGGGAGAGAGAAGAAACGAAGAGGAAGGCAGGUGGAGGAAAAGAAAAAUGGGGGAAGAAAGCUCUCUCCUAGAGAGAAGCUCUCGAGA